ACAGGGACCCACCCGUGACCCCCCCUCUAUAGGACUCCCCCCCCAGUAAACCCCUAUAGGGACCCCCCCCAUUAAACUCCCUAUAGGUUCCCCCCAUAGGGUCCCCCGGUGACCCUGGGACCCCACGUGGCGCCCCCGCCCGCCCUUUACCGCUCGCCGCCGCCUCGGCCACGCCCCCGCGCGCUGAUUGGGCAGCCAGAGCGCGCCGGACGUCCUGGGGCGGGGCCAGAGGGCGGAACCACCGAGACGAGCGGCAGGAAGGGCAGGGGCGAUGCGGGCGGGGCGAUCGCGCCCCUGGCGGCUGGGAGGAGCGCAGGAGGAACUGCAGGACACCAGUGUGCACCAGUUUGGACCAGUUUGGACCAGUUUGGACCAGUAUGGAGCAGCGGGACACCAGAAGCGCAACAGUGUGCGCCUGCAGGCACCGAGCAAAUGGCCAUCUGGGACGCGGUGGCCACCUACAUCCAUGACCAUCUCCUGUCCAACAAGGGGGUCCGAAUUCCCACCUUGGGCUCCUUCGAUGUCGUGACGCAACAGGUCCAGGUUGGAGAUGAAGAUGUGACCAUCCACAGACCCACGUUCAACCUGGCCAGGAACCUCGUGGUCGGCCACAACCUCGUGGACGACAAGUCCUACCUGCCCGGUAACAAGGAGCUGGAACCCAUCAAAUACUCCAAGGUGGCCGCGACCGCCUCCGUGUCACGACGGAAGGUGGAAGGUUGUGUCCAAGGGACCUUGUCCCUCUUCUCCUACUGCCUGGGGAAGGGGCAGAACGUGGCGCUUCUCCUGAAGGACAUCGGGGUGCUGCUCCUCGAAGCCACCAAGGUGGACAUGAGGUUCUACCACCACUUCCUGGAGGCCUUGGCCGGGAAGGACAACUUGCAGAAGGUGGUUUUCCAGGUCCCCGAGGUGCUGGACACCAUGUUGUCCCCAAUGGUUCCCUUGGCCUCACUCUGUUCCUCCGGUCGCACCAUCAUCUUCCCCAGGUUUGCGGUGGAGGUCGUGGCCAAACCACGACCCAAUGAGUCACAACGAGCUCCUGGUGAGGACGAGGAGAUGAGGAAAGAGAGUUUUCCACAUCUUGGCCAUUGCGAGAAAGUUCCAGGUGGAUUUCAUGGUUUCCCAGCUCCAGGAAGUCCAAACUUGACCAGUGAUGAAACGUCGCGGAUCUGGGAGGUCACAAGGAAUGAGAAGAAGAGGAGAACAUCUCAUACCAGGAAGCUGUCGGUGAUCCAGAAGGUCUCCUCCAUCCCAUCAAAGGAAUCAAUGACCCAGAAGGUCUCUUCUAUCUCAUCAUCUCCUUCCAAGAAACCAUCAAUGACCCAGAAGGUCUCUUCCACCCCAUUGUCUCCUUCCAAGAAGCCAUCAAUGACCCAGAAGGUCUCUUCUAUCUCAUCAUCUCCUUCCAAGAAACCAUCAAUGACCCAGAAGGUCUCUUCCACCCCAUUGUCUCCUUCCAAGAAGCCAUCAAUGACCCAGAAGGUCUCUUCUGUCUCAUCAUCUCCUUCCAAGAAGCCAUCAAUGACCCAGAAGGUCUCUUCCACCCCAUUGUCUUCUUCCAAGAAGCCAUCAAUGACCCAGAAGGUCUCUUCCACCCCAUUAUCUCCUUCCAAGAGGCCAUCAAUGACCCAGAAGGUCUCUUCCACCCCAUUGUCUUCUUCCAAGAGGCCAUCAAUGACCCAGAAGGUCUCUUCUAUCUCAUCAUCUCCUUCCAAGAGGCCAUCAAUGACCCAGAGGUCUCUUCUAUCUCAUCAUCUCCUUCCAAGAAGCCAUCAAUGACCCAGAA